AAGCUACGUCUAGCGGUUCUUUUACAAACGACAGGAAAAGAGCUUUGUGUUCGUGAUCCAUGCUUCAAGCUUCACAACAUCACAUGUCGUGAAUAAUGUCGUGAAAGCAGACGUUUGGUGUCUUCUUCGGGUGCCUAGUGUGAGUCUGUAUAGAAUCCCCGACCCCUGGAGCUUCUGUGUGGAGGUAGAUAUCCAGAGAACCACUGCCGUCACCAUGGCGGCGGGAUACGACUCGGACCACGAGGUGGAGCGUUUUGAGGUGACGGAUGAGGACCUGGAGUUCGGCCUGUCCUCAGGGUUAGCGAGGAAAAGAUAUCAGGCCAGCAAGGAGCACAACAUCUACGGUAUCUGGGCCCGAGAUGACAGUGAUGAUGAUGAGAGGCCCAGUUUUGGAGGGAAGAACAAGAAGAACUACUCCACUGGUAUUGACUUCAUCAGCGGCGGGGUCAAACAGUCCACAGGAGACAUCCUCAAGGAAAAGGAUGAUGAUGCAUCAGAUGACAGUGAUGUGGAUGGAUCGCCCAUGGAGUUAGACAUGGCAGCAGGGAUGCCCAAACACUUCGGGGCUGCCAAAGAGAAGAAAGGAAAAAAGGUUCCAAAGGGAAAACCUCAGUUCCGCACUGCAGUUCCUGAACAGGGUUUUGGCAACUGGGAAAAACACACCAAAGGCAUUGGGCAGAAACUGCUGGCCAAGAUGGGGUACGAGCCUGGGAAGGGCCUGGGCAAGAACAAGCAAGGUAUCACCAUGCCUGUGGAGGCGUUUAAGAGGAAGGGCCGUGCAGCGGUGGGAGCGUACGGCUUCGAGGGGAACAAAAAUCUGCACGAACAGUUUCCUACAACUACCGGGGAGGAGGAGGAGGAGGAAGAGUUCCAGGAACAGCUGGCACAGUGGAAGAAACAACCUGAGAAAGCCAAACAGAAGGUGAAGUACAAGUACAAGACCGUGGAGGACGUGCGAGCUACCGGAGGUCCUGGGAACAAGAAGAAGAUGGCCGCCCCUGCCGCUGCCAGUAAGAUCAAAGUCAUCGACAUGACAGGACCAGAGACAAGAGUUCUGUCAGGGUAUGACCAGAUAGCGGGCACACAGCUCCAGUUCACAGACGAGGCCACCCCCCGUAAGAAGGCGUUCUCCCUGCCUGAGCUGGAGCACAACCUGACCCUGCUGGUGGAGAUGUCGGAGCAGCACAUCCUGGACAACGAGCGCCGUCUGAGACACGAGAAGGACAUGAUCGUCAACCUCAAGCACGAGGACGAGAAACUCAUGGAAGUCCUGCAUGAGGAGAAGAAGUCCAUAGACAGGUUGGAGGCAGUGUUGGAGAUGGUUGAGGAGUGUGAGAGAAGACUGGACCUGGGCAGUCUGGAGCCGCUGACAUUGCGGGACUGUGAGACCAUGUUCCGCCGCCUGCAGGAGGAGUACUACGUGGAGUACAAGACUUACGAGCUGAACCAGCUGGCCAUCACUGUAGUCUUUCCCUUGGUAAAGAAGUUGUUGAUAGACUGGAAACCCCUACAGGACCCCACCCUCCCUGUACAGGAGUUCUGUCUGUGGAAGGAGUUGUUAGAGGAGGGUCACGGUGUACCUCUGGGGUCAGACGGGUCAGGGAUGGACGUGUUCCACCGACUGGUGUGGGAGAUAUGGAUGCCGCACAUCAGGACCAUGUUUGGGUCAUGGUCAGUGCGUAACUAUGACCAGAUGUUGCGGCUGUUGGAGGACUGGCUGCCCCUGGUGCCCACCUGGAUCAUGGAUAACCUGUAUGACCAGCUGGUCAUGCCCAGACUCAUGACCGAGGUGGACAGCUGGAAUCCCACUACUGACACCAUGCCCAUCCACCAGUGGUUACACCCGUGGCUACCCCUCAUCAGUUCUCGGCUGGAGUGCCUGUACCCCACCAUCAGACACAAGUUGGGUAAGGCGCUGACUAACUGGCACCCCAGCGACGCCUCGGCUAUCCACAUCCUGCAGCCCUGGAAGCCGGUGUUCAGUGAGGGCAGCAUGGACUCCUUCCUGCUGAAGAACAUCCUGCCCAAACUGGGGCUGUGUCUGCAGGAGUUUGUCAUCAACCCUCACCAGCAGCAUUUAGAUGGGUUCCAGUGGGUGCUGCGUUGGCAUGGCAUGCUGCCCGUACAGAGCCUAACCUCCCUGUUUGAAAAACACUUCUUCCCGAAAUGGAUCCAAGUCCUCUGUACCUGGCUUAACAACAACCCUGACUACGACCAGGUGACAAAGUGGUACCUCGGGUGGAAGUCCCAGUUUCCAGAAGAGAUGCUGAAUGAGCCAGCUGUCAAAGACCAGUUUAACCGGGCGCUGGAGAUCAUGACGCGGGCGGUCGGCGGGGGCGGCGUGGUCCAGCCCGGGGCGCGGGAGAAUGUGGCGUACCUCACGUCCACGGAGAGGCGGCGGGAGUUUGAGGCUCAGGCGGCCGCCGAGAAGAGAAGGGAGGAGAGGACCCCGAUGGAGGCAGCAAGGAAAGCAGCAAAUGUGUCCAUGAACUUCAAAGACCUCAUACAAGCCAAGGCGGAGGAGAACAACCUGGUGUUCUGUCCCAUUCCCAACAAGUUUUACGAGGCCAAGGCCGUGUACCAGUUCGGCACAAAAACCAUCUACAUCGACAGGGGCGUCGUCUUUGUACAGGGGGAGAAGACAUGGGUGCCUGUGUCUCUACAGAACCUCAUCGACAUGGCAAGAUAGGACAUACUCUGUAUUGGUCUGCAGGGAUAAAAUACCAUUUCUGCAAACCUGCACUGGUCCUCACUGGCCUGUGUAUUUCAUUUCAGUUCACAAUAAAAUCUUAUCAAAAUACACAUACAUCAAAAUAUCGCUCAAUUGUGCAAGCUCAAAACUAGGAGCAUGGACCAUGCAACUUCAAAGUUAUCAUCCUGGUUUAUGAUAAUAGUGACAAAAUCUGUGUGUGGUUAACUUUGUGUAGUACCAACUCAUGUAACCUGUAGUGCGUUGACCACAGAACAUACAGAGAUUCAUUGCAAUUAUGUAUAUCUGAACGAGGAAUUAACACUGUGCUAUUGAUUGCAUAGUGAUACUGUCACAUAGUAUGGACGGUGAAUACAUGAUUUGUAAAUAAAGCUUUGUAACCAGCAUUUUGUCCCUUCACUCAUUUGUAUCUACUUUUAAUAGGAAAGCUCUAAGUCUAAGCAAAUAACAGAGGUGACCCCAUCACU